AUGGCAGAAUUAGGAAGCAUGGGAAAGUUCGGAGGCAUGGCAGAAGAGCAGAUAGCGAUGGACAAGCAAUCAGCAGAAGAAUGGCUUUCGCGGGUCAAUUCGCUCAUACCAUCGGCCAUCAGCAAAGCGAAAGCGGUUAACAAUUUCAGAGGAAGGUGGAAGGCGAUCAUCUUGAAGAUGGAGCAGAUCCCAGGCUGUUUAUCUGACCUCUCAAGCCACCCUUGCUUCUCCAAGAACAAGCUCUGCAACGAGCAGUUGCAAUCUGUGGCUAAGACGCUGAGCGACGUGAUGGAGCUUGCCGAGCUGUGUUCAGCCGACAAGCACGAAGGGAAGCUGCGGAUGCAGAGCAACCUGGAUGCCUUGUCCGCAAAACUGGAUUUGAAUCUGAGAGACUGUAUGGUCUUGAUCAAGACCGGAGUUCUCGGCGAAGCUACACUGCCUCUCUACAUCUCAAGUUCAUCGGAUACACCCAGAAUCUCCAGUUUAAAAGAACUUCUGGCGAGGCUCCAGAUCGGUCACUUGGAAUCAAAGCACAGUGCCCUCGAAAACCUCCUCCGCGUAAUGCAGGAGGAUGAAAAGAUGGUUAUGCCUUUGAUCGGACGAGCCAACGUAGCAGCUUUAGUUCAGCUGUUAACAGCAACCUCCACAAGAAUCAGGGAAAAAGCGGUCAACCUCAUCAGUGUAUUAGCGGAAUCAGGACACUGCGACGAUUGGCUCAUCUCCGAAGGUGUAUUGCCUCCUCUUGUGAGGCUAAUCGAAUCAGGAAGUCUUGAGACCAAAGAGAAAGCUGCGAUUGCGAUCCAGAGGCUGUCCGUGACAGAGGAAAACGCACGGGAAAUCGCAGGACACGGCGGAAUCACGCCACUGAUCUAUCUCUGCAAAACGGGAGAUUCCGUGUCACAAGCUGCGUCUGCAGCUGCGCUGAAGAACAUCUCAGCAGUUUCAGAGCUGAGACAGUUACUUACGGAAGAAGGAAUGGUUGGAGUCUCAAUCCAUCUCCUAAACCAUGGGAUACUGUUAGGAUCAAGAGAACACAUGGCCGAGUGUUUGCAGAACCUCACUGCAGCGAGCGAAGCUCUACGCGAAGCCAUUGUUUCAGAAGGCGGAGUCCCGAGUCUCUUGGCUUAUCUCGACGGUCCGUUGCCGCAAGAACCGGCCGUAACGGCGCUGAGAAAUCUAAUCCCGUCGGUGAAUUCAGAGACAUGGGCCGCUCUCAAUUUGCUUCCACGAUUAGCCAACGUGCUCAAGUCAGGAUCUUUAGGCGCGCAACAAGCAGCAGCAUCGGCGAUAUGCCGGUUCGCUUGUUCGCCGGAGACGAAGAGGCUAGUGGGAGAAUCCGGGUGCGUUCCGGGGAUCGUGAAGCUCCUGGAAUCGAAAUCCAACGGAUGUAGGGAAGCGGCAGCUCAAGCGAUCGCCGGAUUGGUGACGGAGGGAAAAAUUCGGCGGGAGUUGAGGGAAGACGGGAAGAGUGUGACGAAUCUAGUGAUGUUGCUUGAUUCGAACCCUGGAAACACGGCGAAGAAGUACGCCGUGGCGGGGCUUUUGGGAUUGUCGGGGAGCGACAAGAGUAAGAAAGUGAUGGUUUCGUACGGAGCAAUAGGGUAUCUGAAGAAGCUGUCGGAAAUGGAAGUAAUCGGCGCCGACAAGCUUCUCGAGAAGCUUGAAAGAGGAAAGCUGAGAAGCUUCUUUCAUCGGUGA